AUUAAGUCCACUAAAGAGGAAUGUCGGAUGAACACGCUUAUCACACCGGUAAUCCCAAUACACAUCAAACGUCUAUUAACACUGUGUGGAUUGUAGCCAAACUGUCAAACCUCUUAAGCCAAUCAGCUGCUUGUUGAUACACACAAUCUACCAAUCAAAUUAAUCGAAGUUUGAAUUUACAGAGUCAAGCAGAAACCUGUCAAAACAAACAAACCUGAGAUUUCAGCGAACAAAUACAAUACAGAGUUGUAUGAGUGAUCGACAGAAAAGAGUAUAACAGUGUACUAUGUCACAUUUUUCAUUGGAAUCGGAGUUAUCGAGCGCUUUGCGAAUGGAUGGACCAAUAAGCAAGGGGCCAACUAUGAGAUGGCAGAGAAAACAAGGGGAUUGUGAUCCUAACCAGUCUGUAAAUGCCUCUCUUAAUGUCAGCUAUGCACCUGGAAAAACACCGGUGAAAACCACAAGCAAUAAGUCGCUGUCAAAAACACCAUCUUCCAAUGGAUCAAACAGCCACAAGACCCCCAGAUCAGCAAAGAAAACUCCUGGAAAAGGUGCCAAAACCCCUGCUGGUGGUGACAGAUUUAUUCCAAACAGAAGUACAACACAGUUUGAACUUGGCCAGUAUCUAAUGACACAAGAGAACUCAGGACCUAUUGUGUCCGAAGGUGCUGAAAUGAUGAGUCCAAGCAAGUUGGAGUACCAAAAGGUUAUGAGUGAAAACCUCAAUGGGGAUUUGGCCAACAAGAAAAUUAUUUCAUACAAAGCAAAGGUUCCAAAUGGACCAGAGGGACAUCAGAAUCCACUACAGGUCCUGUACAGUACAUGCAAGACACCGUCCAGUACUGCCAAGAAGACUACAAGAAACAUUCCACAGGUUCCUGAGCGCAUCUUGGAUGCGCCAGAAAUUAUGGACGACUAUUACCUGAAUCUGUUGGACUGGUCUGUGAACAACCUCCUGGCAGUGGCCCUGGGCAGCAACGUGUACCUGUGGAAUGCAGGCUCAGGGGAGAUCACCCAGCUCAUGCAGCUUGACACCCAGGGGGACUACAUUGGCGCUGUGGCCUGGGUCCCAGAGGGCAACAUCCUGGGCGUGGGCACCAGUUCAGGGGAGGUCCAGUUGUGGGAUGUGUCCCAGCAGAAGCGUUUGCGCAAUAUGGCUGGUCACACUGCUAGAGUGGGUGCCAUGUCUUGGAACUCGUACAUACUGAGCAGUGGUUCCCGUAGUGGUAACAUCCACAACCAUGAUGUACGUGUACCUCAGCAUCAUGUGGGCACCUUCGCGGGUCACACCCAGGAGGUAUGUGGCCUCCAGUGGUCCCCGGACAACAAGUACCUCGCCAGCGGUGGCAACGACAACAUCCUUAAUGUGUGGUCCGCGCAGAAUGUCCAGUCUACGCAGACUGCACCCCAGCCCGUCCACUGCUUCUCACAACACUUGGCCGCUGUCAAGGCUGUCUCCUGGUGUCCAUGGCAACACAACGUGCUGGCUAGCGGAGGGGGCACUGCAGACAGACACAUACGCUUCUGGAAUGUCAGCGUAGGCUCGAGUCUCAACGCGGUGGACACAAAGUCUCAGGUACGGUGGACACAAAGUCUCAGGUAUGGUGGACACAAAGUCUCAGGUACGGUGGACACAAAGUCUCAGGUGUGCGCUCUGCUGUGGUCCAAGGAGUACAAGGAGCUGAUAUCCAGUCACGGGUUUGCACUCAACCAGCUUACCAUAUGGAAGUAUCCUGGCAUGACUAAAGUGGCAGAACUCACUGGGCACACUUCUCGUGUGCUGCACAUGGCCAUGUCCCCAGACGGCACUACGGUGGUCUCUGCUGGGGCGGACGAGACGUUGAGGCUGUGGAAGUGUUUUGCUGUGGACAAGGACAAGAAGAAGUCUCAGAAGUCUACUUUAAUAGCCAAGGACCAUACUAUUACACAUCUGUCAAAGAUCAGAUGAGGGGAGGGUUGUGAAAUUGUUGCGAAAUCAUGUUUUGUUUGAAGGCUCACAUUCAGGAUGGGGAAAGGGGUGUGGCACAGUUUGGUGAUUCAACAAGUUUAAAAAUGAAGGAAUAUGGAACUAAUUAAAAGGUUUUAAAAUGCUAUUGUAAAUUUUCCAUUUUGUUGCUUGCCAUUUUCUUUAUUCUGAAAAAGAAUGUUUCCUUAUAAGGAACCUCAUAGGGUAUGUGCCUAGGUAGUGUGGAUGACAUUGCCCCCAGGACACGGCUUGUUUUUAUAGAGUAUGUAGUGAAGUUGUUAUGUAUGUACCAGUAUUUGUUUUGGAUUGCCAAGUUUGUUGAGUUGUUGAUUAUUGUUACAUACACUAGUAUUGGCUGCAUUUAUAUGCUUGAAUGUCACAUCACACAUUUGGUAUGACAUGUAGUGCUAGUAGAGGUUCGAACAGGGUUUCUUGUAUAUCAAAAUUUUAAAUUUUAAAAACGAAUCAAAAGAAAUUAAAGUAUGUUUGAACAUGUUUUCUCAAUAAAACCUAUAUUUAAUAACUUUGGAUAUCUUUUCUGUAAGUUUUUUUCAUGUUGAUUAUAUUUUCCUUAUGAAAUGUCUUGAAGGUUAAACUGGUGGUAUGUGAACCAUUUAUAUUAUGUUAUGUAUUAUGUGUUAAUUAUUGUUCAAAUCAUGUGCAAUGAAUGUAAUAACAUGCCAUUGUAGUAUCUUUGAUAUAUUUUUGAAUAAAAGUGAUCAUGAA